ACAAUUUUCACAUCGUUUAUGUGGAUUUUGACACCUACUUGCUCCGCCCCGUGGAACGUAUGUUGCGCCAAAAAGCGGAUGAGAUGGGGGUAGAUCUGCUAGUGGGUGGCUCCAUACUAGACGACUGCAUUAACAAUGGCUUUUGGUGGAUGCGACCGACCGAAGUGAUGAAACAGUGGUUCCUCAAAUUCGCGGCCUACGUAUAUCGGCAUCCAGAAGGCUGUCAUCAAAAGUUGAUGAGUGCUCUGCUGGGCGAGAAUAAACCCUAUAAGAGAAAGCCUGAGCGGUGGACGUUGCCGUUUUUAGAAAGUCGAAGUGUCUUCCAAUUCUUUCGCUACUUUGAAAAUGAAGAACUUCAUAUUGGAGAUGAAAUGAACGGUCGUAAAGAUAAUGAUAACGGUAAGCAGCUGAUAGCCGAGGCAGGACAGGAAGACUCUCCUCCAGGUUUCGAAUUGCUACGUUCUAUGACAAAAUUCAUGCAAAAAGAUGCAGAAGCAUCAGGCCAUGGUGUCAUUCCACCGUGGGCCCCUCUUGACCCGGAAAAAAUAUGGGGCCAUGCAUUCCACUUUGACGAGCGAGUUGGAGUUGAGAGUAGCUUGUAUGCAUUCCACUUUGAGGCUGGCGGAUGGGUGGAGAAUACUGAACUGGUCAAGAACAACGACAAGUUCCGAGAGGAGCUGCUUGAUCAAUCGAGCGCAGCAACAGAAGGCGAGAACGGAGGGGCACCAAAUGGCGCGCCCGUGGCCGAGACUGAGACGCAGCUGCCUGGUGGCAAUAUAAAAUCAGGAGAAGAGUUUGAGUUUUUCUAUGGACCGACAGGGCCACCACACGCAGCCACCAUUCAGCGAUUCCUGCGAACGCGUCGUAUUCCUGGGCUGCCGAAAAAGCUCAAAGUUUGCAACCAAAGUGGACGCUUCGCCUACAGUGAAGAAGAGGAUUCUGCUGCGGGAACAGCAGGAGGAGGGGGCACUUCCUCCGUUGAUGCUUCUGAGGGUUCCACCAAGGAUCCUGGUCGAACCGGUUUAUGAAAUGAAGCGAGAGCGCUGUAGGGCUCAAGCCGAUUUCCAAGGUUUCCUUUUAGCAGAAGGCCUUUUUCUUUUUAGGGGGAUUAUACAAUUAUCCGUGCUCAAAGCAGAACGCAUGCAGAGUGGAUUUCAGAUACUUAUAUUUAUAUGUUCCAGGGGCCAAGGCUCCCCCCCGAUCUAAAUUUUUGAGGGGGCGCCUCCCGCCCCGGACCCUUUUUCCCGAGGGACUGCCGGGCGGGAAGGCCUCCAAACGCCCACCGCCGACCCCUUCCCGCUUCUUGCCUGGACCCUACAGAGCCCCCAUCCCUGAGGCCGUUGAAGUACCAAAGGCCGGGGGUGCAAGGCUCCCGAAGGUGACAAGGCGGGGCCCCCCUUGGCUCGUUGCCCGUCCCCUACAGGCCGUGUGGGUUCCUCGCUGGGGGAGUUUCUUGGGAGGUGGAAGGCCUUCGGGGGCAGCAGGUGGCAAGGCUUGACCCCUUUCGCCGUGCUGCAUGUAUCUGACAGAACCCAGGCGGGCACGCCUUGCCCCCGCUCCUCCUCGCCUUUGGUCCUCGGCCCCCCGGGUGUUUGGUGGUGGCGGACGCUGCCACUUGUUGGGGGGAUGGGGGCCAAAGGGGCCAAGCUCGCGACCGUGGCCGCCUUCGGCGGCCUUCUUCCCCCGGAGGCCGUCCCCCUGAUAGGGUCCAAAAGUGGGGACGCCUUUGGGGUACACGCGGAGAGCCGCCAGGAGCCUCCGGCCCCGCUCUUUGAGGCCUCCGCCCCCGCGCCGUAUCCACCUGGGGAGAGUGACGCGCGUGGGGGGGUAUUAGCGUGACGCGUGACGGCGUGACGCGCUGAGGAGCGUGACGCGCGUGGGAGUAUUUAGUAGCGAGGCGCGUGGGCGGUGAGGGUGUGACGCGUGCGCAUGAUCUAGAGUGGUCCAACCUAUGCGGAGGCGCUAGCAAAAGACUGCUGCUGUAGGCCACCGACCUGGUGCCCCCGCUUGCUUUUCAUUCGGUGGACCCCGGUAGAGCUAGCUAACUGGCUAGCGACUGCACUGAGGGAGCGAGCGACCGCCGCGCGCGUCUUGCCAAGCCCCGCCCAUUUGCUGCGCCGAGCGAGCGAGAGACCGCCGCGCGCGUCACGCCAAGCCCCGCCCAUAUGCUGCGCCAUCCUUAGUGCCUCGCCACGCACGGCUCCCGCGGUAUCUUGAGCAAUUUCCUCCAGACAUUCGGCAGGGCUGUCUCUGUAAGCCACUACAGCCGACCACCAGCGCGCCCGCGCUACUUAGUGGCCUACAGAGUGGCCUACUCCCACAGGCACAGACGACCACGGGCAACUCGACUAAGCACGGCGACCCACUUGGGAUGGCUGGCCCGCUCUCGAUUCCUGACCCGAGCCCGCACUAGAUGGCUGACCAAUCCCCAAGCUUCAUAGCUGGCCCUAGCCCACUCGAGAUAGCUGACCAACGCGCAGCAUGGAUACCUGACGCAUGCCCACCCACACCAAAGCAAGAUAGCUGACCCACGACACAGCCGGGGCCAUUGCGUUCAACACCGCAAGCCGCCUGCUGUGCGUGGCUCUCUGGUUGUUCGCUAGGAGUCGAGGGACCGACUUGCCUCAGACCAUAAGGCCGCCCGCGGAUUUGUCUCAGAACAUAAGGCCGCGCGCGGGUCGGCUUGUCUCAGAUCUCAAGAUCGCCCCCGGAUUUGUCUCAGAUGGUAAGGCCGUCCGCGGAUGUGUCUCAGAUCAUAAGGCCGCCCACGGAUUUGCCUCAGAUCGUAAGGCCCUCCCCGGAUUUGUCUCAGAUCGUGAGGCCGUCCGCGGACUUGUCUCAGAUCAUAAGGCCGCCCACCUGUCCGCGGAUCGAUUUGCGUCAGGUCAUAAGGUCGCUCCCGGAUUUGUGUCAGGUCAUAAGGCUGCCCACGGGUCGGCUAGUCUCAGAUCAUAAGAUCGCCCCCGGAUUUGUCUCAGAUAGUAAGGCCGCUCGCGGAUUUGUCUCAGAUGGUAGGGCCGUCCGUGGAUUUGUCUCAGAUCGUAAGGCCGCCCACGGAUUUGCCUUAGAUCCUCAGGCCGUCCCCGGAUUUGUCUCAGAUCGUGGGGCCGUCUGCGGAUUUGUCUCAGAUCGUAAGGCCGUCCACUUGUCCGCGGAUCGAUUUGCGUCAGAUCAUAAUGUCGCCCCCGGAUUUGUCUCAGAUCCUAAGGCCGUCCACGGAUUUGCCUCAGAUCAUGAGGCCGCCCACGGAUUUGCUUCAGAUCAUCAGGCCGCCCAUGGAUUAGAUUUGUCUCAGAUCAUAAGGCCGCCCACGGAUUAGAUUUGUCUCAGAUCAUAAACUCGCCCACGGACUUGCCCCAGGUCCUAAGCUCGCCCACGGAUUUGCGUCAGGUCAUAAGGCCGCCCGCGGAUUUGUCUCAGAUCAUAAGGCCGCUCGCGGAUUUGCCUCAGAUCAUGAGGCCGCCCCUGGGCAGCUCCGUCGCGCUCAGUUAUAAAGCGCGACGUGUCACGCAUAGGAGCAAGCAAGUCCUCCCCCCUAUAAUAGAAGGGGAAGGUGAGACUGUUAGUCAUAGUUCGGGUCUGCGGUCUGUACGGCGCUCGCCAGGUCUUACGGGGAGUCCUCCACCCCUCGAACAUCUAUACGCUUUCAGGUUUUCAGCGCACUACUGGCGUGCGCAAAUAUGUUGAAGGAGAACCAAUGAGUUUCAGACCGUGGCCAUUCGAAUCUCAUUCAGAGUAACACUGCUGUUAUGAUAUUUCUUUGUUCCACUACGUUUUUGCGGGCCCUAUUAUGUCACCAGCGACCGAACCAAACACGCGAGACACUUGAAGUAGAGCGUCAAAUCGUGUGACGCGCAAUGGCAAUCCGC